AGGAGCCAAGGCUACCCAACCUUGAAGGAGGAGGAGAGUACAAUAAAACGUGGGGCAGGAGAAGUGUUGGAUUCCCAAGCAGAAUGGGUCAGGAUGCCCUGGAGGAGAAGGCCUUCAGAGCAGACCUUCAAGGCCAACGCUUCCGGCAUGUCCACUAUGAGAAGGCCUUGGGGCCCCGAGAGGUGUGCAGCCGCCUCCACUCUCUCUGCCGCCUGUGGCUGAAGCCUGAGGAACAUACAAAGGCAGAGAUGCUGGACCUGGUGAUCCUGGAGCAGUUCCUGGCCGUCCUUCCUGCGGAGAUGGAGCGCUGGGUGAGGGAAUGUGGGGCAGAGACCAGUUCCCAGGCCGUGGCCUUGGCUGAAGGCUUCCUCCUGAGUCGGGCCCAAGAGGAGAAGGUGCUUCAGGAAGAGCGGCAGGAGAGAGAUGUCCUUCAAACCCAGGAGGCCCCACCAGACACCAGCCAGACCUUCCUUUCCAGGUGGAUCAAGCUGGAGGAGGACACAAGAGCUAUUCCACCAGCGGAGGAGCCAAGGAUGCUGAGAAACUGCAAUCACUCAUCUCUUUGUGAAGCAGGAGAAAUGGCCUCCAUGGAACGGGAUCAGGUGAACUUGGAGGAUGUAUCUGUACGUUUUAGCGAGGAGGAGUGGACCCUGCUCGAUCGGCAUCAACGGGCCCUACACUGGGAGGUCAUGGCAGAGAAUUAUAAGAUGCUGGCCUCUUUGGGUGGUGCUGGGCAAUGGAGUGAAAAUGAGGGAGGCCCAUGUAGAGUGUGGCUGAAAGCAGCUAGAUAUCAAGAGGGGAAUGAAGGAAGCCAGGGACUGGAAGUAGAAGAAUACAGAAGGAUGCAUUGCAUUGCUGACACCAGAGAAAUCCACAUCCAAGAAACAGUUGACAAAAGCAAGGAGAUCACGAACAGCCUUGUCUAUGAGAAUGGUUUCUUCUGUCAGGAAUCAUACUUGAAUGCAAAUAUCACAGACCAAAUAGAAAAAGGACAAACUAAACCCCAUCACUUGGAAGAAAGCUAUGGGUCUUGUAUAAACCUUACAAACUAUGAAAAGCCACAGAUUGUGAACAAGACAUAUAAAUGCCUGGAUUGUGGGAAAUGCUUUUCUCGAAAAGGAAGCCUAAAUAGACACCAAAAAUGCCACAUGGGAGAGAAGCCACAUGUAUGCCUCGAGUGUGGAAAAGGCUUUGCUGAAAAGAGAACUCUCAUUGGACACGAAAGGAAUCACAGAGGAGAGAAACCCUAUAAAUGCCUGGAGUGUGGGAAGAGUUAUAUCCAAAAAUGUGGUCUCAGAGUUCACCAAGAGUGUCAUACAGAAGAACGAGAAAAGAAUAUUAGCUGCACAUCAGUCCUCAAAAGUGUCCAAAACAGUCAUAUAGAAAAGAAAUCACACACAUGUCUGGAGUGUGGGAAGAGGUUUCGUUGGAAAUCAGGUCUCAAGAAACACCAAAAUACCCACUCGGGAGAAAAGCCACACGAAUGCCUCGAGUGUGGGAAAGGCUUCCGUGCCAAAAGAGAUCUCAGCCUACACCAAAAAACCCACACAGGAGAGAAGCCAUAUAAAUGCCCGGAGUGUGGGAAAGGCUUUGUUGACAAGAGAAGCUUCAUUGGGCACGAGAUGAAUCACAGAGGAGACAAUCCCUACAAAUGCCUGGAGUGCGGGAAAGGCUUCAUCCACAAGAGGAGUCUCUUCCAGCACGAAAUGAAUCACAGAGGAGAGAAACCAUAUCGGUGCCUGAAGUGUGAGAAGAGCUUUAGCUGCAAAGCGGUCCUCAAGAAACACCAGAAUCGGCACAUGGAAGGAAAAUCACACACAUGUCCGGAAUGUGGGAAGAGUUUCCAGUGGAGAGCAAACCUCAGGACGCAUGAAAAAACCCACAUAGGAGAGAGGCCGCCAAGCAAGGCUCAAGGCACAUCAACAAACCCACAUGGGAGAGAAGCCGUGUGAAUGCCUGGAGUGUGGGAAAGGCUUUGCCGAAAAGAGAACUCUCGUUGGGCAUGGAAGAUGCACAGACAGAGGCCUGGGAUGUGGGAAGAGUUACUGUAUAUCCUCAAGACUAAUUUUUCAGCCUCAAAAGAUCCUUCUCAAAAGACCCUUGCCAAUUAUCGUCCUGUCUCUAAUCUUCCAUUCUUAGGUAAGGUGAUAGAGUGGGCUGUAUUGGGACAAUUGCAGCAAUUUCUGGAUGAUACAGCCGGCCUGGGCCCUUUCCAGUCAGGUUUUCACCCGGGUCAUGGGACGGAGACGGUUUUGGUUGCUAUUACAGAUUAACUUCAUCGCCAGU